GAGGCGGGACCAAAGAGCUGGGGGCUAGAGGCCACUGGGGCUUAAAGGCAGCCUGGGAGUGAGGCCGCUCAGCUGGAGGAAAGACAGUUCCUGAGCCACAGGCAGAAGCCCCACAGAGAUGGAGCAGAAGGAAGGGAAGCCCUCUGAGGAUGGGACCACCGUCUCCCCAGUUGCAGACAACCCUGAGAUGUCAGAAGGUGGAGCCCCUGCAGAGGAGACCAAAGGCACAGCUGGAAAGGCCAUCAAUGAGGGGCCUCCUGCCGAGGCAGGAAAGCAGGAAAAGCCACCAGCCGAGGAUGGCAUUUCAGUGGAACUCCAGGGGGAAGCAAAUGGAUUAGAUGAGGUCAAGGUGGAAUCUCAGGGGGAGGCUGGUGGGAAAGAGGACGCUGAGGCUGAACUUAAAGAGGAGGAUGGUGAGAAGGAAGAGACCACUGCGGCUUCUCAGGAGAUGACUGGCAGGAAAGAAGAGACCAAAUCUGAACCCAAGGAGGCUGAGGAAAAGGAGGAGAGCAUGCUGGCCUCUGAGAAGCAGAAGGCGGAGGAGAAAGAAGCCAAACCUGAAUCUGGGCAGAAAGCCGAUGCCAACGACAGAGACAAGCCUGAACCUAAGGCAACUGUUGAGGAGGAGGAGGCCAAGACAGCCUCUCAGGAGGAGACAGGCCAGAGGGAGAAGCGCAGCACUGAACCCAAGGAGAAGGCUACUGACGAAGAGGCCAAGGCUGAAUCGCAGAAGAAGGCUGUUGUGGAGGAUGAGGCUAAGGCUGAACCCAAGGAGUCCGAUGGGAAAGAGGAGGUCAAACAUGAUACAACAAAGGAGGCUGAUGCAAAGGAGGAGGUGGAGGAGGCGGAGGAGGCAGAGCCAGGCAGUCCCAGUGAAGAGCAGGAGCAGGACGUGGAAAAAGAGCCAGAAGGAGGGGCAGGGGUGCUUCCCAGCUCCCCAGAGGAGUGGCCUGAGAGCCCCACGGGGGAGGGGCACAACCUCAGCACAGAUGGGUUGGGUCCAGACUCCGUAGCUUCUGGAGAGACCAGUCCUUCAGCCAGUGAGUCUUCACCCAGCGAUGUGCCCCAGAGUCCCCCUGAGUCCCCUCCCUCAGGGGAGAAGAAGGAGAAGGCACCAGAGCGCAGGGUAUCAGCCCCGGCUCGGCCCCGGGGGCCCCGAGCACAGAACCGCAAAGCCAUCGUGGACAAGUUUGGCGGGGCAGCGUCCGGCCCCACGGCCCUGUUCCGGAACACUAAGGCAGCUGGGGCAGCCAUUGGUGGUGUCAAGAACAUGCUCUUGGAGUGGUGCCGAGCCAUGACAAAAAAAUACGAGCACGUGGACAUCCAGAACUUCUCCUCCAGCUGGAGCAGUGGCAUGGCCUUCUGUGCCCUCAUCCACAAGUUCUUCCCUGACGCCUUUGACUACGCAGAGCUGGACCCCACGAAGCGCCGGUACAACUUCACCCUGGCCUUCUCCACAGCCGAGAAACUGGCUGACUGUGCUCAGCUGCUGGACGUGGAUGACAUGGUGCGGUUGGCUGUGCCCGACUCCAAGUGCGUCUACACCUACAUCCAGGAACUAUACCGCAGCCUCGUGCAGAAAGGACUGGUGAAGACCAAGAAGAAAUGAGGAGUCCUCUCUGGUCCUGAUGAAACUACCCCAUCGCCUCAUCAAAGACUCAGCUGCACUCCAGAAUUCAUCUCUGACUUUAAUGGCUGAAGCAAGAACAUGGUUUCUGUGGCUCCCCCUGGACUGGAUGCUGGAGGACACACACUUCACAGUCUGAGGCCUGGUCCCAGGAACUGACAAUCUAACAGGAUGGCAAGUGGUUUUGAAACAUACAGAUUUUCAGGAUGGAAGUUUGAUUUUUCAGAUUGUGACUCAUCCGUGGAAAAUAAACGGUUUAGCACCUAAAUCUGUAGAUUCCCAUCAGUGGCUUUGCUGACUCAGGUAUAAAUAGGGUACCCUCCAUAUGUCUCCCACCCAUACGCUCCACUGUCCCCAGGCCCUCAGUGCCUGAGCCCUAGGGGGAUUCGAGUUGGCUGCUGGGCUCAUUUCCUGCAAGCGGGCGGGCGAGAUGACCUGUCUCUCUAAGAUGGAGAGCUGGAGGACUGGCCUGUAACUCUGCAAACUUAAACUCCCUUGGCUCUGGGGGAUGCAAAGGCUGUGGGAAGGGUGUACCUGUGGCCAGGUGAACCCGGGAGGGAGUCCACACACAACACACACACUCACAGCUCCCUUCCCUCUACCCCCCCCACACA